AUGAAGGAUUAUUCUCAUAUUAUUGGAUCGGGAGAUUUGUUUAACAAUGAGGAUAGAUGUUGGGUUCUUUUGGCUAGUAAAUCGCCCCGAAGAAUUGAAUUAAUGAAGUUAAUGGGUAUAAAAAAUUUAUAUAUUUGUGAAUCAGGUUUUGAAGAAAAUUUAGAUAAGAGUAUAUUUUCUUGUGCUGAAGAUUAUGUUAAAGAAAAUGCAUUAAAAAAGGGUUUGAAUGUUGUUGAAAAUGUAUGGUUUUCUAAUAAUACAGAAACUGAAGAUAUAACUGCGAAUGAUAUAAAAGAUUUAAAUAUCAAAGUAAAGAGAGAAAAUAAUAGUAACCAUUCAAAUGAUUUUAAUAAAUAUGAAAUAAUGAAUAUAAAUAGUAAGUUUGAACCAUUACCUAAAAUAAUAAUAUCUUGUGAUACUAUUGUAACUCUAAAUAAUGAAAUAAUAGAAAAGCCAAUAAAUAAAAAACAUGCACAUGAUAUUUUAAAAAAAUUAUCAUCGAAUGUUCAUAGCGUAUUUACUGCUGUAUGUAUAUUUCUAUAUAAAAAAAAAAUACCCAUAACUUUUAUUGAAAAAACACAGGUAUAUUUUGAUGACUUAAUGGAACAAGAUAUUUUACAGUAUAUAAAUACUAAGGAACCAUAUGAUAAGGCAGGGGCAUAUUCUAUACAAGGUGUGGGAUCCCAGUUUAUAAAAAAAAUAGAUGGUUGUUAUUAUAAUGUUAUGGGUUUGCCCAUAAAUAAAUUGUCUAAAAUUUUGACAAAGUUAUACAUAGAUGAAGAAUUCUCCUUAUAA